GACCAUCACGAUGGGAUACCUACCUCUUCAAAGCAUACAUGGCACGGCAACCGACCCCCCAAACGUUAGGUAGCACGCCAGCGGGCGGAUGGCCCAUCGUGGAAUUCACGGUCUGGGCCCGCGGGAGGAUUGCUUGCACCUGCGUGAUAAUUUCCUGGGACACCCCCCUGUUCGCGGACAGCGAGCCCGGAUGUCAACGACAGCGGACGCAUCGUGGAAGCGGGUUGCCGUUCUCCCUCCCCCCCCCCCCCUUUUCUCUCCAGGGGUGGCCCUUUUCCCUUCUGAGCUGGCUUGGCUAAGUUGGGCCUCCUCCUAUGAAAGGCUGCCGUUCCCUUUGCCUCCCUAGGGCCGUCUUCUUCCCGCCGCCUCCCUCUUGGUUCCUGUUCAAUUCAACACCAGACGGCGUGCUCUCCCCGGCCGUUGCAAACGUCUUGUUUGCGUCCUUUCGUUGUGUGCUUCUGCCGUUGCAGCUCAUCAGUCGCUCCUUUACUACGGCCCGGCCAUCCUCGGCCAUUCACUCGUUUUCCGUGUGUGCAGACGAACAAACACAUACUCACCUUGUAUUGUUAAUAUCACGUCUCGUCCAUAAUGCUCUCCUGGACUCUAGUCGUCGUGGCCCUCGCCGUGGCCCCAGCCAUGGCAACAAGUCCUGCCGUCAAUGUCUACUGGGGACAGAAGGGCUCGGCCUCAGACAGACUCAGCACCUUUUGUGACGCCUCCAGCUUCGAGUAUGUCACAGUCGGCUUCAUCAACAAGUCUCCCGAGAAAGACUCCUCCGCGUUGAGGUAUCCGGGCAGUGACUUUUCCGUCCACUGCAUGAACGCCGCCAAGUACCAAGACGCCAAGGGAGUCGACUCGAACCUCCUCAGCAAGUGCGGCCAGAUCGCCGCCGAUGUUCGGUAUUGCCAGAAGAAGGGCAAGAAGGUGCUCCUCUCCAUCGGCGGUGAAUGGAACCCGCCCAAGACGGACUACAGCAUCUCUAGCCCGCCCGAGGGAGAGUAUUUUGCCGACUUCAUCUGGGGCGCCUUCGGCCCGUACACCGCGAGCUGGGGAGACAAACCGAGACCUUUCGAUGACUUUUUCAACGCCGACGAGGGCGAAGAGCACUUUGUUUUUGAUGGCUUUGACUUUGAUAUCGAGCACAAGUUCACGGACCAAAGCGGUUAUGUCGCCAUGAUCAGAAGGCUGCGUGCCCUGACCCAGCUGGACACGACCAAGCAGUAUCUGAUCACCGCCGCCCCGGAGUGCCCCCUGGACGCGGAUCUCUUCAAGAUGAAGACCAUCAUUGACACUUGUCAAUUCGAUGCCCUCUUUGUCCAGUUCUACAACAACCCCAUCUGCGCCGGAGUUGACAAUAACAACUUUGACGACUGGGCGGCCUACCUCGCCAAGACCCCCAGCAAGAACGCAAAGAUCUUCAUCGGCCUGCCUGGUUCUCCAGACGCUGCCGGCUCUGGCUACCUAGCCCCUGCAUCUGCACUUCAGUUGAUCAACAAGCAUAAGAACAAGCCGGCCUUUGGUGGUGUCAUGGUCUGGGAUGCCUUCUAUGGUAGCCAGAAGUUUGGCGGCACCCCAUUCUACGACUUGCUGCAUGAUUUUGCCUGCGGUGCCCCGUCCCACACCACGACUGCCCCGGCCCCGACGGCGACGGCCACUGUUUGCGUCAGGUGGCACACGGUUGUCAGCGGUGACACUUGCUACGAGAUUGCCGGCUCCUACGGCAUUACCCUGGACGACCUGUACAAGUUCAACCCGGGCAUUACCUGUGACCUCCAAAUCGGCGACCAGGUCUGCGUGAGGUUCGGCGUCCCACCCCCUACAAGCAGCUCGACCAGCCUCUCCCCCUCAGCCAGCACUAGCACAUCUGCUAGCAGUAGCAGUUUGACAAGAACCAAAACCCAGGCUAGUAUUAGCACGGCUUCUAGCACCAGCAGGUCGACCAGCUCGACGAAAAACUCGACCAUCUCGACCAGAACCUCGACUAUCUCGACCAGAACCUCGACUAUCUCGACCAGAACCUCGACUAUCUCGACCAGAACCUCGACUAUCUCGACCAGAACCUUGACAAGCUCAAUCAAACCCUCGGCUAGCUCAACGAAAACCUCGGCCGGCUCAACUAAGAGCUCGACUAGUUCGACUAGAACCUCGACCAGCUCAGCCAAGCCCUCGACAAGCUCAAUCAUAACCUCGACCAGCUCGACUCGUACCUCGGCUAGGUCAACUAAAGGCUCGGCUAGCUCGACCAGAGUCUCGACUAGUCUCAGCCCGUCAACUAGCUCGACCAGCGUGACCAGCGCGACCAGCAUCAACAGCUCGAGUGGCACCAGCUCCUCAACAGGCACUAGCAUUUCAAGCAGCCUCAGCACGCCCUCCACCUCGACGUCAACUGAGGUUAGCUUGACUUUGGUUACGGAGACUAGUUCGACCGAGAGUCAAGCUCCCAGUAAGACAGCUGGGGAUUCCUCCACCAUCACCUCGGCAUCUGGAGUCACUUUGACAACGUCCAGCGGUGCGGCUACAAGUACCUCGACCGACGUCGAUGACUCGUGCCCAGAUGAGGAGACCAGCACGUCAACUACCGCGACCUUUACUGGGUCUGCCACCCAGUCGGCCACCGAGACUACCACCGAGACUGCCACCGUCACAUCCACCCCGGGAUCCACUUAUACCAGCGGCGAGGAGACUACCAGCACCUCGACCGAGGAUGAUGAGACUAGCACCUCUGCUGUUGUGUCCGCUACCCAGACCGCCACAUCGCCUGGGGCCACCAUCACCGGAUCGUCGGCCUCGGACAUUAGCGCCACUGCAAGCAGCACCGCCUCCGAGGGCUGGACAACGUCUACCAUCUACUCGACCACCACCUACACCAUCACUAGCUGCCCGGUUACCGUGACCGACUGCCCCGGCAAGAUCGGCCAGGUCACGACCGAGACGAUCGCCAUCAGCACGACCGUAUGCCCCAUCACCGAGGGGACUGGCCCGUCAACCUCGGCCUCCUCGCCUCCGGCGCCGGUCGAGUCGGGCAGUGGUGCCAAACCUCCUCCCCUGCCUACCGGCAGGGAGGGCGAGGACACGGACUCGACAUCGACCACGCGGGUUACCACAACACGCUUCACUACCCUGACGGUGCCCAAGCCAGAGGCCACGGGCGCAGCGGCUAACCCCUCGUCGUCGUCGUCGUCGUCGUCGUCGUCGUCGUCAUGGUCCCCGUCGGCCGGCCUCCCCACCAAGUCGGGCUCCCCGCCCCCGCCGUCGACGACGACCAUCCCCGUGUUUGCGGGUGCCGGCCGCAACACCGUCACGCUUGGUGUGCCGGCUGUUCUGGCUGUCGUUCUCGUCCUCGCUAUUUAAGGGUCCAUGGCGAGAUUUUGCGCAGGUGGGCUCGGUCGAUCGAGCUAUCAUCUUAUCCUUUCUUUUUCUGUCUACUUUGCAGACUUCUUCUUGUAGAUAGUUCUGCUGCCGGCUCGGUCUGUGUGGGUAGCUGGAACUAUUAUUUUGGUAUGAUUAUUACAAAUAACCCAUGCAGUGCAGAUGAUGGAGAGUGAAUCCGGGCACACGGCUAAUCGUCGUUUUCCGUGGGUUUUCUGGAUGCCCCCUACAUGUUGCAUUACAAUGUCAGUGCGUUGAAUGAGAUGGUUGCUUGACGUUUUGUCGUGGUUAAUGGAUGCGUGAUGCAAGAGUUCCUCCUCCUCCUCCUUGGUUAUGGACACGCGAGUACUCCGUACCUGAUCACUUUGCGAACCUUCCUUAUUACGUUAUGUACGGAUUACUUGGUAGUACUUUCCUGCUCCGUUUGUAAGAUAUAUGCGCAAUACAAUACUACUGUGUAAUAUG